UCUAUCGUCGAUGGUAGGAGUGAUACGAUGGCACACGUUUCCUGCCACACAUUCACAAUAUUUCGCGUGGCUUUGUUUCGCGAAUUCUCAACCUCUGAUCUAUCUUUCUAAACUUUUGUGAUUAUCCGCUCAAUUUAAGAAGAUAUCUUCUUUUUUUAUUUCUACAAUAAUUUGUGGAACAAAUUUUUUUGUAGGAAAAUAUAAAAUAUAAGGAAUAUAAAGAAUACGAAGGAAUUCUUUUACAUAAUGGCAGAGAAUGACAGAUGCCAUCAGAAUCCAACGUUCACCAUGGAUGAAACGGAUGAUAAGAAAUCGUGCGAGGAGUCGAGAUGUGUGGAAAUCGGAAGAGAAAUUAAGGAAAGAAGCAAAUGGAAUAAUGAAAUUGAGUUCUUGAUGUCCUGCAUCGCUAUAUCGAUCGGUUUUGGCAAUAUUUGGAGAUUUCCUUUCACCGCCUACGAAAAUGGCGGUGGUGUCUUCUUGAUACCCUACAUCAUCGUCCUUUUCCUCGUUGGUAAACCAAUUUAUUACAUGGAAAUUAUUCUGGGACAAUUUUCCUCAUCCUCGUCAAUUAACGUCUGGAACGUAUCCCCGGGAUUCAGUGGAAUUGGAUGGUCCCAAUUCUACUGCAACACGGCCCUGAUGACGUAUUACAGUUCAUUAAUGGCUCUGACGCUUUUCUUUCUUAUCGCCUCGUUCUCGGCUGAAUUGCCUUGGGCAAAGUGUAGAGAAGAAUGGUUGGAUUAUUGCAUCGAUUCCAGUCACCAGAUCGAUAAUAACACGAGCAAUAUUACCUCGUUUGUUCAAUUGUUGAAUGAGAAAGAGCGGAGAAGUUCGGCGGAGCUAUACUUUUUAAAAGUGGUGCUCGAAGAGAAAGACAGCAUAGAGGAUGGAAUCGGAUUGCCAAGUUGGAAAUUAACGCUCUGCCUUCUGGUCAGUUGGAUCUCCGUCAUCCUGAUCACGUCCCAAGGUGUGAAAAGUUCGGGUAAAGCUUCCUACUUCCUCGCAAUUUUCCCAUACAUCAUCCUAUUCAGCCUUCUGAUCAGGGCGGUGACGCUGGAUGGUGCUGCGACCGGAAUACUGUUCUUCGUCACCCCGGAAUGGUCGAAACUUUUCGAGCCGAGUGUUUGGUACGCGGCCGUCACGCAAUGCUUCUUCUCCCUUUCCGUUUGUUUCGGCCCUAUUCUCACCUACUCGUCCCACAAUGACUUCAAACACAAUCUAUACAGAGAUGUGCUGAUCGUAACUACUCUCGACACGUUGACGAGUUUCAUAGCAGGUUGCACGAUAUUUGGAAUUCUGGGAAAUUUGGCGCACAAAAUGGGAAUUGAGGAUAUCAAUAAAGUGGUGAAGUCUGGGGUUGGCCUUGCGUUCAUCUCUUAUCCGGACGCUAUAGCGAAAUUCAACGUCGUGCCACAACUAUUCGCAGUGCUGUUUUUCGUUAUGAUGUUCGUCCUCGGCGUGGGGAGUAUCGUAGGAAUGGUCUCUGGACUUGCACACUCUUUGAAGGAAAAGCUUCCAAAUGUGCAGAUGUGGAAAAUCGUUCUCUGCAUCUGUUCAAUUUCGUUUGCUGUCAGCACGAUCUACGUCACUCCUGGUGGACAAUUUUUAUUGAGCUUGGUCGAUUAUUAUGGCACAUCGUUCGUAGUGUUCUUCCUGGCUUCUUUCGAGAUCACUGCCAUUAUGUGGGUGUACGGUAUAGAAAAUUUCUUAAACGACGUGGAAUUCAUGCUGAGUAGGAGAACAGGCAGCUAUUGGAGAAUAUGUUGGUUCCUUGUCACGCCUUUCAUUUUGUUAUUUAUUUUCUUUUACACAUUUGCUACCCUACAACCAUUGACUUACGGAGAAAAAGAAUAUCCGAUUUCAGCCCACGCGGCUGGCAUAGUCGUAUCUUGCUUGGGAAUUUUUCAAAUACCUUUUUGGAUGAUAGUGAAAUUGUUAAAAAACAGAAGCUUGCCAUUAUCAAAGAAUAUAAGAAAGUGUUUUCUGCCAACCUCGGAAUGGGGGCCAAAGGAUACAGAGCACAGGAAGGAUUGGCUUCGUUUCAAGGAGGAGAAAGAGAAGCAGAGAAGUCUCAGAAAGAAGCCAAGAUGGAUUCAAUUGAUACACAUUUUGAUCAAUAAGAAGGAGACAAGGGAUUAGAGACUGAUAAAGAAAUACUUUUGACAUAUCAGUGACGUAUACAAUGUAAAAAAUAAAUUUCACUUUUUCUGUGA